AUGGGGUUCUUCAGUGAUCGUGGACAAUCUUUAUCCUUCUUUUCCUCUAGUUUGAACAAGCUUACCUUUGGUUCGGGAAAGCAGAAUGAGCGAACUCUGCAUGCCAAAAGAAAGUGCUCUUUGAAUCCUGUGGCAGUCACCGAAGAGACAAAGCAAAAAGUACAAGAAUUGAACGAGGAGCGAGAGACCAAGCACGGAUGUCCAUCACGCCUGAAACAGUUGAUAUCGCUUGCCAAGUCGAUCAGGAUCAUCAAGAGAAAGACCACAGUGUACAGUGCUCGAGGAGAGGCCAUGUCUUGGGAAUCAGAUACAGCUGCAAGCAAGCAACAAGGGUGA